AUGGCUGCCGCGCGCCGUCGGUGGGCGGAUAUGAUCGACACAGAAGACGAGACCGAAGGUGCAGAGGACGACAGUCAGUUGCGAAAAGACGUCGCGGCCUUCGUGGACGAGUUCAUGGGCCCGAGCGCCGGCUCGCGGCUCUUGACCUUGGCCCUACUGCAGGCAGACCUGCAGCGCCGCUGCGUGGGAUGGACGUUCCCAUGCCGGGGGUGGCGCUGGUGCGUCUACGAGGCGCCGCUGACCUUGCUGGCGGAGAUUUCUGUCUUUGUGAGCUUGGUGGGGCAAACUCGUCCGAGCGAGCGCGCGUGCAAUCGGCGUUUUCGCAAGAUGCUUUCCCGCUGGCAAAGCCGGCUGCGUCUAGCUGCCUUGGACUGUCAACACGUCGAGGCGCUGAUCUGCGCGUCCUGCGCCUGCAUCUACAGCCGCGUGGCCGAGCUUGAGGAGCAGAAUGAAAUUCAAUGGCGCCGGAUUCUAAGCCGCUGCGGCGGGGAGGAGGAGGGCGAGUGGCGGCUCUUCGGCCAGCCAGCGCCUCGCGUGGUCGAGAUCCUCGGCCUGAACGCCUUUCUCGACAAGUACGACAAGCUACACUCAGAAAGAGCUGCGAGGAUGUCGACCAAUGAAAGCUUUGAGAUCGAACUGGAAGUUGAAGUUGCCGGCCCCGGCGGCGCAGAAAUCCUAUGCUGCCCGGAAGACCGCCGCUGCGGCGCGGAUCCGACCCACGUCGGCGCCGCGGGCGUCCUGUGCGAGGAGUGCGAGACGAGUCGAGUCGCCAAAGCGGCGAGCCCUUGGUGUGGCUAUUACACGGGCCUCCGGGCGCGGGAAAGCAUCGACUACGAGGUCGCCGCCUUCCAGGCUGUGAACGCCGCGGACAUCAAGGGCAAGACGAUCCACAACGUCUGUGGUUUGAGCGCCGACUGGAAGGCCGUCGACCGCGCCGUCAGCAAGGAGGUGGCCAAGCGGAUGGGGCUCUGGCGCUGGCUCAUCAUCGACGAAGUCAGCAUGGUGAACGCCCGGCUCCUGGCGCAAGUGGAUCAGCGCCUGCGCAGCGCGGCGCCAGACGCGGCGGCUUGGAAGCUUGACCCCGUGACAAACUCCUCCCGACCCUUCGCGGGCAUCAACGUGCUCUUCACCGGGGAUUUCUAUCAACUGCCUCCGCCUAGCGGGGCGUACUUGGGCGACGUCCCCUACAAUCGGCGCCCGCGAGCGCCCGACGACUUGACGGCCCCGGACCCCUUGGCGGACUAUGGCGGCGCCGUCCAAGGCGUCACCGAGUUGGAGGAGCGGGAGAGAUGCAAGGACGGCUGGUGGAAUGCAGUUGUGGACGAGCUACGCUGCGCCCUGUCCGACGAAGAACGGGCGUCUCGACGACGAGUCGUCGCGGGCCACAGCGACCCGCGGCUCCAGGAAGCCAAGUUCAAGCAGGCGCCAGUCAUCGUCGCGAACAACGACGCCAAGUUUCAGAUCAACAAAGACCGCGCGCUGCGCUAUUCGAAGGAGUCGGGCCGCGCCGCUGCGGUUGGGCCGCCGCCGCUGACAGGAAGUAUUGCGCCCGGCGCUCAGGCCUGCGACAAGGCGGCGAGGGUCCGUUGGCUGCAAUACCAUGACAGGGACACUGCAAACCUGUGUGGAAUGCUACCGCUUGCCGUGGGCAUGAAGGUGGCGCUGACAGAGCACUUGGACAGGUCUGAAGACACGCUCCUUCUACGCGGCGCGACGGGGUUCGUGCAUUCCUGGCGCUGGCCUCCUGGCGCGCGGCAGCCUACCCACGUCUAUGUGAAGUUUCAAGGCGCGGAGUGGCAGCUCGAAGGCGCGCCCGAGCCGGGCCUCUAUCCGGUCACGCGGCAAACCAAGUUCUGGUUCCUGGACGGCGGCAGGCCCAAGCCCGUGCUGAGGAUCUCCCGAACUCAGAUCCCGCUAGUGCCGGCCUACGCCAUCACUGCCCACGGGAGUCAGGGUAAGACCGUGCCGGCGGCCAUGGCCGACUUCAACGUGGACAGGUGGACGGACAUCACCUUCGGAACCGUGGCCGGCAGCCGCGUGAGGAGCCGUGAAGAUAUCCUCAUUUUGCGGCCGUUCCCGCUCUGGCUCUUCCAGCGGGGUGCGCCAGAGGGGCCAGAGUUGCUGCUGAAGACUCUCCGAGGUGAAAAGAUUGAGUGGGUCAACUACCGCGAGGCCCGCGCGCCCAGCGCGCCGUGCCAACAAUGCAAAGUGGUUAAGCCUUUCGACUACUUCGCGGACGCCCAGUGGGACAAAGCCAGAGCCAACCUGCCUGCCACUUGUCUGACUUGCAUUCAUAAGGAUGGAGGCGCCUGCAAGCGCAAACUGCCUUCCAAUGUUGAGCGGCUGCGCUGCAUUGGCUGCGGCUUCGAGAAAGUGGAGCACGCGUUUCCCCGAGCUCAACUUCGGCAGCCUCGUGCAGAAAAAAAGGCGAAAUUGCAUCGCGUGUUUGAAGAACGUCUCGGAGUUGACUUGCUCGCAAAUCGCAGAGGUGAAGCCGCUGAAGGAGUUCCACCUAUCUGCGUUGACGCUGCCGUGGGCGGCCGCGUGUCAAAGUUGCCAGGACGCGGUGCGCGGCAAGGCUCGUCGGCUCCGGGCCGGAUGGGAGAAGAGCCGAGGCUGCGCGGCUUUUCUGCCCACGUCUUCUGCCGUCUACAUCAACCAACGCUGCCCCAACUGCGCGGCAGAUCGCAAACGGGGCGAACGUAA